UCCUCCCCACUCGGAGCCCGCCUCUUCCCGUGGGCGGGGUUACCGGUCGGCGCGGCCGCCGUCGCGCCACUGCGCAGCCUCGAGAGGGCGGUACCACGGCGGCUGCGACAUGGGGGGGCGCGGAGCAGACGCCGGAAGUAGCGGUGGUACGGGUCCCACCGAGGGGUACUCACCGCCGGCAGCGUCCACCCGCGCCGCGGCGAGAGCCAAGGCCCGAGGGGGUGGGCGUGGCGGCCGCCGGAACACAACACCCUCUGUUCCCUCAGCUCGCGGAGCGGCGCCGCGUCGCUCCCCUCCACCGGCUGCCAUGAGCGAGCGCCUCCGCCCCAGGAAAAGGAGAAGGAAUGGCAAUGAAGAAGACCACCAUCUUCCCCCCCAGACCAAAAGGAGUAGUAGAAACCCUGUCUUUCAUGAGUCCUGGGACACAGAGGUGCUAUCUCUGCUUCACAGAUGGGAAAAUUGGGGCACAGAAAAAGAAAGUGGUUUGCCCGGAGAUACACAAUUAGUAAGAGGCAGGGUCUAUGAUUCCAGAGCUUGGCUGGUGAGCUCCUUGCUCCUAACCAUGACAGUACCUGUAACGAAAAACAGUAAAGAAAACAGACUAAGAGGAAACAAAGUGUUCUGUGCGUCUUCGAGCAGCGAUAGCGGCGGCAGCAGCAGCAGCAGCAUCAACAGCCCGGACAGGGCAAGCGGGCCGGAGAGCAGCUUGAACCACGUGGGCGCCGGGUCCGGCCCUAACACCCCUCAGCCUGUUCCUGAGCAGUCUGCACUGUGCCAAGGCCCUUACUUCCGCAUCAACCAGACCCUGAAGGAGGCCCACUUCCACAGCCUACAGCACCGGGGACGGCCUCCGACAUGAUGUGCCGGCGGUUUCUUGCCUUCUGUGAAGGGACAGCGCUGUGCAGAUUUGAUAUUUCAACUUACGAUGUUUUAAAAAAUUGCACAAAAAUAUGCCUGUUGGCUUUUCAGUCUAUAUUUGAAAGAGCAGGUUAACAGGCAGUUGUUUACUUGUGGUUUUGCUGCACUAUUGCAAUUUCAAAGGGGCUUCGAAGCAAUUUUUUAUAGGAUUCUUUUGAGGGUGGGUAUCACAUCCAUGUCGAGGUAACGGUAUGAGGAAAUCUCAUCUGCGUGUUGAAUCCAUAGUUUGUCCAGUUCAGAUUGGUUUCCAAAUCUGUCGAUUAGAAAUUCUACUUCAUGUAAAAAGGCCUUUUAACAAUGCGGGAUCUUCAAUUUUUUAAAUUCAAUAAAUCAGCAAAGAGUAUCUAGUUUCCAUGAAAAAAACCUAAGUUUUUUUUUCCAAAAUUUAGAAAGCUUGAUUCAGUCUUGCACUGAAAUUAACUGCCAUACUACCUCUUAGUAUGUAGACAUCCUGUUGAAAGUACGCUGUCCUUUCUAACAGGAGAACAAUCAGAUCCAAGUUAGACCGCGGAAAGGAAGCACCCUUGCUAAUAACUAUCUUCUCUCUUUGUUAUAUAUUUGUAUUUCCAGAGAGAAUCUCUUUCAGACUUGUAUACCCAGAUAACUUCUGCUACCGUUACUCCUCCAAAGCCUACAUCUCAGACUUAGUAGAAAACACUGCACAGAUCUGACAGUCAAGAAGUACAUAACGAAUGACCUUUGUCUUACUCACAGACUUGUUCUGCCAGCAGCUUCUGUGAUCUCACUGGGAGUCCGCCUUGGGGGUCAAGAAUUCAGGUGCUGCUGAACGCUGACCAAGUGUAGGCUCUCUGAACUGCUGUCUGAAGUCACAAGUAUCGUGAAACUGUCAGACAAGGAUUCACUUUAUGCUUAAAGCAAACCCCCAGCAGUAAUUCGGGGGCCACAUUCCACCGCUGAAACUGGAAAGACUGGUGUGGCUUAGAAAUAAAUGAGCAGAGGCACCGUUAGAAGAAGUGAUGUAGUAUUUAUUUAGAGAGGGAUGGCUAUGUUCCCAUGUUAUUUAGUCAUACUAGAGAGCCAACCUAGCUUGAAUAACGAAGGCGUAGACGCGUCUUCUUCCUCACUGACCAGCUGUCUGAACAAGGAGCCAGGGUGCGUCGGGUCACCUGCUCGGGAGAGUGCCGGGGGGCCAACCUGCCACGCAUGUAGAGGAAAGUGCCUUAGAGUCUACCCAGCCCCUCCUGCCUGUUCACCCCCCGCCACUGCACUCGGAGUCCACACAGCACACACGAGCAGAUCUGAGAAGCACGGAGAGCUCUAGGAAGGGGCCUUUGCUCUUUGUCAAGAUUGGCAAAGGCCGUCGGGGACAAAAUGCGAUUCUAUUAUGUGACACAACUAACGCUUCCAGGUGAGAACUCUCCUGGGAAAAGGGUAAACAUAUGUACCUCCUUUCCCUGGUCGGUUCCUCUCCUACCGACAGGACUUAUGGUCAAUUACUUGAAGAGACAUUCCGAGUUCGGGGGGAAGUUCUGGCACAGGCCCAUGCUCGUGGAGGGGAUGGUCUGUGCAGGAACUCGUUCUCUUCACUACCAUCUCCCACAUUUGACAACCAGAUGUUUGAUGAGAACUGGGUCUUAAUGGGUUCGGUGGCGGGGAAGAUGGAAAGGAUACGUUGCUAAUAUUUUGUCUCACAAGAAAGCAAACACAACUAAAUGCUGAAAGAAGACAAGCUGUUUGGGCUCAAACGCGUGUACACAACACAACUCAGAAAUACCCAGGAGGACUCUUGCGGGCUUAAUGGAUGGCAGUCAACUGAAACAAAACGCGCAUUAACAAGAAAAUGUCAAACUCAGAGCAAAUUCCCUUUAAUUUCCCACCCAACUGAAAGAAAUGGAAGAGGAAACCACCACCAGAACAGAAUGGUUUUUUCCCCAAACAAGUACAGUCAUCACGCUGGGUUAGCAGUUAACUCUCUCACCCUACAAGAACUAAUCUCCAUCCUGUCCUGCCUCUUUUUUACAGCCUUGGCAGUCUGAGAGAACGUUCCUAUUAUGAGGCUACUUGACAGUGUAAAUGGGCAUCUUUUAAAACUUCUAUCAGCUCGAGCUAGUGAAACCUUGUACUUCUCUAUUGCGCCGCCAUUAAAAGCAGCAUUAGUGCA